CCCCAUCAUUCCUUAUGGCUUCUCCCAAUCUAGAUGAAUUACUUCAUCAACUCGCGAAAGAGCGAGAACGGGCCGACCGAGCAGAGGCAAGACAGGCCCCUACAACUCUGGAGCAUUAUCUCAGGCUUGUCCAACAGCGCCUUGUGACGACCUUGUCGAUCGAGUCCAACCCAAUGAAGUCAGCAUCUGGGUCUGUGACGGCUGUGAAUGGGAAAUAUUAUCCAUUGGAGCUUUAUAGGUGGCACGAUUUCGAGAACCAACUGGAGCAAACAUUCAAUCAACUCACCGCGACUUUCUCGAGCAAACCUCUCUUUCCUUCCGAAACAGAUGUCCUUGGUGUUCGGCGUGAACUCUCGCCCACCAGUCGAAAGGACGAGCAGGAUAUCCGCCCCUUUGUCCGGAGUGCGAUCGAGAAACCAGCCGCGCGGAUAGUGAGAGCUUAUUAUGACCAGACUAAUCGGCAGGACAUAUUCUACUUUCAAAAUAAUGCCUACAGCCUGGAGUAUCGAGAUCCUGAGACAGGGGUUGAGCGUCAAGGUUCUUCUCCUAGUAAGAAGAGAUCUCCAGAACGCAAGAAAAGCCAGCCAAUUCCCGACCGCUGGGGUAUCUGUGAGGAAGAAGGAGGUCUGCGUCGUGUAUGUGUCGGAGAGUACAAAGCAGCACACAAGACGCCCGACGAAGAAAUCAGACAGGUCCUCGACACUGCACCCAAAAACCUGUUUCUAGAGGUGCUUUGGCGAAAGCAGUCAGGAAAGACCAAUUCUGAAGAAGACGAAGGAAUGCAGGAGCUUGUGGCACAGGUUCUUUGUCAGGCUUUUCAUUAUAUGAUUCAAAGUGGCCUUCUCUUUGGAUACAUAACGUCAGGCGAGACUUUGAUUCUCCUGAAAAUUGAGAAGUCCGCGCCAUGGAGGUUAUAUUUUUAUUUUACUCCUGUGGAUUUGAUCGGACAAGGGCAUGAAUUUGAAGCUCGAUAUGCGCCUGCUACCAAAUUAGCAACAUUUGCACUCCUCGCACUGUGCGAAAGAGAGAUGCCCCGCGAUUGGAUCACACAGGCUGAAAAUUGCGGUAUUUAUCAAUGGCCCCUGGUCCCUCACAGGUCCCUCCAGGAAAACAUCUCACUGCAGCGGCAAACGUAUCACGGAGAAACAAGUGAAAUUAGCGGAGAAGACGAUGACCUGAAUGACAUUGAUUAUAAUACCUCACCUCGAAGAAGACAGUCCAGGUCCCAACCGGACCAGCAAUCUCGAUCCCAGGGCGAGCGUCGACGGUCUCCACGGAAACGAACUCAAUGCCCCGUCCGGGAAUAUUGCACACAGGCUUGUAUGUUCGGCCUGGUUCAGGAUCUGCCGCUGGACGUGAGCUGUCCCAACUUUUCCAUACACAAGCAGAGCUCUGCUCGCGGCAAGCACCCGAUCACCAAAGAAGAUCUUUGUUUCCUUCUUCAAAAGCAGCUUGAUCAGAGUCUUGAUCAAGAUUGUGAAUGUUUAGAUAGAAAAGGUUUAUUCGGAGCCAUCGGGGUGCUCUUUACAGUCACUUUAACUGAAUAUGGAUACACGUUUGUGGCCAAAGGCGUGCAGAAGGCAAAUGAAAGUGACUUGGAUUAUGAAUCCACCGUGUACUCAUAUCUGUCGCCUCUACAAGGGAGGAAUCUUCCGGUCUAUCUUGGCAAGAUCGCUCUUACGCGGCCAUAUCCCCUUGUCAGUAUGGCAAAAGUCACGAAGAUGAUGCUAAUGUCGUGGGCUGGAACCAGUUUAUGCCACAAUACCUGGUCUGAAGACGUGGAUAUCAAGAAAGAGACAGACAAAACACUAAAGACAUUGGCCCAAUUUGGUGUCCGUCAUGAUGACAUCCGACGGUCCAACCUGGUGUGGAACUCUGAACGACAGCAAGUGAUGGCGAUCGAUUUUAACCAGGCGACUAUCACAUCCGUUCCAAAGCGAAAAGCUGCGCCCCCCGUGCCAAUCAGGCAAAAGCAAAGGAAGACGACAGGCGGGCCAUCCUAUGCAGAGCCGGUUGCUAUUUAGGCCAAGCAAGGCUAUAUUCGACGCAUCUACAGGCCUAUUUAUCUGUCUUAGCAGAAUCUUAGGCAUUGCCGUAUAUCACGAUCCCAAUGAUUCCGCGAGAAAUAGAUGGCAGCUUCAGCAUGACCCCUGCGUGCAGACAUGGGAGAAUUUUGCGAUUAGAGACAGCCCGGAUGAUGGACAUGUACAUACAUGUAUACCAUACGUAUACAGGGUAGUUGGGUUUUGAUUUCAGACCUUCAUCAGCCUUCAAGCUACCGAGAGCAUCGUAGUAAUACCAAGCUAUUU